CUGUCAAAAGUCCAGAUAAGCGGCCAUCUUCCAAAUAUCGGUGUUUCUGUUUUGUCAGAUCUUUGUUUAAUUUUCGUAAUUUUCCUAUUAUUUUGAACUUUUGCUCAUGAUAUGUGUUAUUAAUAUAUAAUUUGAUUUAUGUUGUAUCAAUAAUGUUCCCCUAAACCUUCUUGUUCACGUGAAAAACAUAGUUUCUCAUUGCUCUUAUUAGACAGACUUCAUUUGUUAAAAAAGUGUUGUGUUUUCCUAUUUACAGCUGCUAUUUUUAGUUUAACUGCUUAAACAGUUUUGAAAAUGUCUAACGUUAGCUAUGAUUUGGAUACGUCGGGUGGGCUUAUGCCACUUAUCCGAGCAUUGAUUAAGCCUCCUGAUGAGGAAGUAAAUGUCCAAAAACCGAAGAAACCUCAGCAUCCUUACUAUAAGAGGCCUGGCAAAGGACACAAUCAUGACUCUUGCGACGCGUGUGGCGAGGGAGGCGAUCUCAUCUGUUGUGAUCGAUGCCCUGCUAGUUUCCACCUUGGAUGCUAUGACCCUCCUCUUGACGAAGACGACAUUCCAUCGGGGUUGUGGUUGUGCCGGGAGUGCCAUGCAUCUGACGAGAAGGCAUCGAGUUCUCGCAGCAGCCGAGCUCAGACCCCCACUGAUUGCAAGUCCGAUUCAGAAAAGAAAACUAGGUCACUCCGCAACCGCGUCAACUCGAAGCGCAGCAAGAGCCGGGACGAGGAAGAGCAGAAGGAGCCGGAGAAGGAGCCGACGCCUAUGGAGGUGCUGGUACGCGCCGCCAAGAUCAUGAACCCGAGGCAGUUCGACCUGCCCGAGGACAUGAAGUUCAAGGUCAUGUUCCCGGGCACCGAGAAAGAGGCCAGCAAGAACGGCAACCCGUCGCUGGUGACGGUGGACGCGUGGGGCUGCGUGCCGCUGCCGGCGCGCAGCUGCCACGUGUGCGAGGGCAGCUGCAAGGCCGCGCCGCUGCUGCAGUGCGACUACUGCCCGCUGCUGUUCCACCAGGAUUGCCUGGACCCGCCGCUGACAGCAUUACCGACCGGGAGAUGGAUGUGCCCCAAUCACGUCGAACAAUACAUCGACUGGAAGCUGGUGAACUCGAUAUCGGCCACCGAGCGAGUGGCUCUGUGGGACAAGUUCUCCGGACCGGUGGACCCUCACACCAUCAAGCUGGACUUCAUCCGCCGCGCUAAGAACAAGGCUCCUUGCUUCAGGGAGAAGAUACCAGUGGAGGAGCGGGCGAGAGUUCGAGUCCCGGAAAUGGUGAAGCAUCACUACGAAAACCCACCGCCCUUGAUGCCUUCGAGGAGAGAACACGUGCGAUGCUCCAAUGUGCUAAAACGUCUGAAGAUGGACCCGGAAUACGACGCGGCGGACGAAGAAGACGAGCUCGCGCCUAAACACCAAAUCUGCAUGAACCUGUCGUGUCCCCAAUACUUCGGGGGCACGUGCCCCCACCAGGAGGACAGGAAGGCGAAGAAUACACUGAGAGGUGUCAGCGAUGAGGACGCCAAUGAUGAUCUGAACGCUAUUUCCUCUGCGAAGGUGGAAACUCGAACGGACGACUCGAGCGACCUUUCAGACUCUGACUUCGAAUACCUGACGGCGUCCAUCAAGCGGCACAGGGCUCAGAACAGAGCCAAGCUGUCGCUGCUGGCGGGAGAGGACACCGAGAGUCUGCUGCAGGCGGUGGAUGAGCAGCUGCACAAGCUGGAUCAGCGGCUCGUCAAGCUGUUGGCUUGGCAGCGACUGCAGCAGGUGCUGGUGGGCGAGCGGUGCUACGGGCCGUGGCAGAGCGGCGCGCUGAGCGCGUGCGCGGCGGCGCGCGUGCGCGCGAGCCUGGAGCGCGCGCGGCUCGACAAGCUCGGGCUGCGGCGCGUGCGCCUGCCCUCCGAGCUGCUGGGCCGCGCCGACCGCGACCGCAUCGCCCUCUCCGUAUGGGGCCAGCCCCCCCCCCAGCCGGAGUCCCCCCCGCGCGCGGACCAGCGUCUGCAGCCCCCCCUCGACGUGCCCGCCAAAGCUACACUCUGUGAAGUGCUGCGCCCGGCCAAGAGCGGCCUAGGCGACAGUUUGGGUCCGCCGAUCCCCAUGCGGCUGUCGAUGCUGAGCAUCGGCACGGACAGCGGCUGCGACGUGCGGCUGUCGUCCCCCACCUGCCAGGCGCUGUCCCGCCGCCACGCUGUCAUCUUCAUGGACGAGGUGACGCGCCACUUUGAACUGAUUAACUACUCGGAGUGGGGCUCCUGCGUCAACGGCGUAUUGUACGCGUGCGACGCGACCCCUCACACUGAAGACGGCGGCGGCGCGGCGGCGGAGAGUGCGGCGGAGCGGGCAGAGGCGGACGAGGCGGAGGCGCGGGCGCAGGCGGUCAGGGAUAUCGUCAGCAAUGGGAAUAGGGCUGGGUCCAGACGCACGGACAAGAGUGCGCGGCUGCGCUGCGGCUGCGCGACGCCGCGCGCGCGCGCGUGGGAGGGCGCGGCGCUGGUGCCGCACGCGGCGCUGCUGCAGUUCGGGUGUCUGCGCUUCGUGUUCAGCCGCGCGCCGCCGCUGCUCGAGGCCGGGGAACUCUAGAAUGGGUUUCGUGACCGUCUUGUUACCGUAUUUUGUAAUCGUCAUUUUGUCGGCUGCGAGCGCUAGUGUAUUGUAGAUACGUGUUAAAGUUGUGCGGUAUCAUUAAGAUUUAUUGUACACAAUUAGUAUGCGAUGUCAGAGGUCGCGGUCAGGGGGCACCCUCAACUCAGGGGCCCAGGGCACUGCACUGUAUAACUACGCCACUAUUUAAUUCAGAAUGUUCAGUUUGAGGCGAGUGUAUUCGCAUUUCUUAUACCAUUACGAUCUGUCAAGAAAGUGGUGAAAAUAAGGACGCUGUCUCCUGUUAGCUGUAACACUGGAUGUUUAUCGACCAAUCUUGGCCAUUAUAUUUAGUAUUGCAAUGGUAAAAAAAAAUCACUUUCUUGACAGCUAGACUGUACAUAAUAUGUCGCGUCUCCUCUAAUAUCAUUGUAGAGACCUAUAAGUACUUACCACAAAAUAUUAGAUAAUAUACAUCUAACCAUAUAAUAAUAGUUGAUACAAUAUUACAGAUGCCCGAAAAUCUGUCUUGUAUAGAUAGAUAAAUUAUGUUAUGAAUAGCGAUCGUUGUUAAUCAUUUAAUCUAUUUGGAAUGUACAACAAUAAUGCCGGCUCAACACUACCGCGGACCAGUUCGCCGAACUUGGCGGAUUCAGUAUACAUUGCUGGUUUUUCAUUGCGGUAAAUAUACUCAUACAAACUACGCGAUGCAUUAGCGUCGGCUGGUGUGCAAGGUGUGUAGCUGGCAUAUAAAGUGUUAACAUAUCUAUAGAAAGUAAUCAUUCAUAUAUAUUAUGAAUGUGAAAGUGUGUUUGUAAUUCUAUCGUGUCAAAACGGAGCAUUGAGGUCAAUGAGAGCUGGAGAGUGACAUAGGAUACUUUUUGUCGCGAGCGGUGCCGCGUGCAACAUCUAGUAAUAACAUAACGUUUCCGUAGUCAAAGUACCUACAACUCGGUCGAGUUAACUGCGCACCGCGCUGGAAUGCGUCGCCACGGCCGUCGGGUACGCAGUUAACUCGGCCGGGUUGUAAAUUAUUAGAUUGUACAUUUCACUGCCAUUUAAUGUAACGUUUUAAAAGUCAGAAUAUUGAAAUUUUCUUAUGAUAGACAAAUAUAUAAGUAAAUACCUAUUGUAAUUGACACGUUGUAGUGUAAAUAAAAGUAUAACUUACG